AACAACAAAACGACAUUAAACAAAUUUCAAUUUACGCUAUCGCCGCACCAUGGAAUUCCGUUUAAAGAAACGUCAGCGAACCGAGGUCAAGGUGGAGGUGGUCAGCCUGGAGACCAAGUAUCCGCACAAUGUGAUGAUGUACCACUUCCCGCCGACGGACGAUGUACACAUCGAGGAGUUCGAGGAGCUGGCCCUGGAGCGCCUGCGCCUUCUUCGCGUCCUCGACCGCGCCAGUACCCGUAAUCUGCGCCUGCUCUCCGACGAGUGGAAGGAGUACGUGAGUGCGGAACUAACCCGCGAGGGACUGCGCAGCUACCUGAGGCUUUGCUCCGCCGGCGGAGGAACCAAACACGAGGCGGACAUCCAGACCCGCCGGCGGGACUACCUCUCCCACUUCAUCCUCCGGCUGGCCUACUGCCGCUCCGACGACCUCACACGCUGGUUCGUGGCCCGCGAAAUGGAGCUCUUCCGGUACAAGUUUGCCGCUCUCAGCAGCUCCGAGGUGAAGCAGUUCCUUGAGGCCAACAACUUUGAAAUCCAUCCCCUUACGGAGGACCAGAAGGACGAGGUCAAGGAUGGCCUGUACGAGAGCACGGCGGGCCAAAGUGUGGCCAAGAUCGAGCUGUUGGACUUCUACAAGGUGCCCUUCACCCAGGUGCUGGAUUUGGUGCGGGGUCGUCGCUGCUACCUGAAGGCAGGCUUCGCCUAUGUAAACACCCACGAUCUGGUGUCCAUAGUGGGCACUCGGAUGCAGGACGAGAUCGAGCAGGGCCUGCAGGCCGCCAAGGGUCUGGUAGAGGAAGUCGAAGGCGACGAGCGCAUCUCUCGCAUGCUGAAGGCCCUGCACAACUCUUACACCGGCAAGGAUUACACCGUGUGUCGGGAUGCAGCCAUACCCAUCGAAUCCCUUGACCAGCUCUCCAAGACCUCAAUGCCUUUGUGCAUGCGCAUGUGCCAUGAGCACAUUCGCGCCCAACAUCACAUGAAACACGGCGGCCGAAUGCAGUACGGCCUGUUUCUCAAGGGCAUCGGCGUAACACUAGAGGAUUCGCUGCGCUUCUGGCGCGAAGAGUUUACCAAGAAAAUGGAUGCCGACAAGUUUGCGCGGAGUUACGAGUACAACAUCUAUCACAACUACGGAAAGAAAGGCUCCAUGGUCAACUACACACCGUACUCCUGCGCGAAGAUCAUCAAGGACAUGGCAGCUCCGGGUGAUUGCCAUGGUUGUCCGUAUAAGUACAUGGAUCAGGGCUCUUUGAAAACCAAACUCUCCUCCUAUGGCCUGUCCGCCAGCGCCGUCGAUGAGGUGAUGUUCUUCGUGUCCCGCGGUCACUAUCAAAUCGGCUGUGGCAAGUACUUCCAGCUCACCCACAACGCCUCUGUGGAGCCGACCAUCAACCAUCCGAACAACUAUUUCGAAGAGAGCCAGAUAACGAUGGGAAACCGGCAGAAACGCACCAAUGGACCAGCUCCACCCAAGGCAAGAAUGCGGCCUGAUAUCAAGGGCUGUGGGGAUCGUUCUAUGCUGAUGGGCGAUGACGACGACGAGUUGUGGCGGAUUGCAGAAACCCAGGAGCGCGUCAUGCAGAGCCAAAAGGACAUCUCAGAGGCCUUCAAUGACGACCUAGAUCUUACGCAAAUCGAUUACUAAUCGUUGUAUAAACUAAAAUAGGUAUAAUAUAAGUGCAGAUAAUAAGAAAAAUAUAUUUGAAAUGCAAAAAACAUUUUCUUUUAA